AUGGGAGGUUCUCAAUUGAAGAGGCUGAAAGCUACUCUGCAAGCCCAUGGAUUGACAGGGCAGACCAAUGUUAAGAAGCCCAAGGGUAAACGGCCAAGUAAGGAGUACGACCGAGAGGAAAGAGCACAAGUUUUAUCGAAGAUCAGGGAACAGUUCAAUCCAUUUGAUAUUAAGGUUAAUAGAAACAAGGUUCAGAUCUUGACCGGUGAUGGAAGUAAAGUUGCGGUUGGUAAACCGGGUAUAUCUAAGCAGAUUGGAGAAGAACAAAGAAAGGUUGCAUAUGAAGCUAAGAAAGCUCAAAGGAAUCGUUCUGGUGCAGUGAUUGAUAGGCGUUUUGGUGAGAGAAAUAAAAACCUUACACCUGAAGAGAUUAUGCUUGAACGUUUCAAAAGGGAAAAGUUAACACAGUCAAGGAAAGUUAAAAGAUCGCUAUUCAAUUUGGAUGAUGAGCAUGAUGAGGAUGAUAACUUUGGUGCACUAACCCAUUUUGGGGAAGCUCUUCCAGAUGAUUUUGAAGUAGAAAAUAUAGAUGAAGGAGGUUUCUUGGCGGCUAAAGGGGGUUCUUCGGAUAAUUUUGAUAGUGAACCCCCAAGAAAGAGAUCCAAAGCGGAGGUUAUGCAAGAAAUCAUCUCGAAGUCUAAAUACUAUAAACAUGAGAGACAAAAGGCUCAGGAGAAGUUGACAAAUGAAAUCGAGGACUUAGAUGAGGAAUUUGAUGACAUCAUGUCAGAGUUAAGAGUGGCUCCAAAACCUGGAAAACUUUCCCUCAAUGAAAAACCAUCUCAGGAGAUUGAGUAUGAUAUAAAGGUCAAGCAAUUGGGAUUAGACAAAAGAGCUGCCCCAACUGAUAGAACUAAGACUGAAGAAGAACUUAAUGGAGAAAGAGAACAGAUGAGAAAGAAGUUGGAGGAAGAUAGACUUCAUCGUAUGCAUGGCAUAUAUGAAACUUCAGAAAAUGACCAGGGAGUUGAAGACUUGAGUAAUGACUUCUGGGCAGGAAGUGAUGUUGAGGAAGGUGAAUAUGGUGAAUUCGUCAACGGCAUAGCAGAUUCUGAUGACGACGUUAAGCUUGAAGAUGAUGACCAGGAUCCUGAGGGUAGUGAAGAGGUUUCAAGUCAUAAGAUAAAACAUAUAAACCCUUUGCCAUGUCCCCAAACGCAUGACCAAUUACUAGAGUUACUAGGAGAUAACUUGCUUGAGGAGCAUCCAAGGGUAAUAAAGAGUGUCAUUAGAGCCUAUCAACCAAAACUAGCUGAGGGUAAUAAGGAGAGAUUGGGUAAUUUUAGUGGUAUUAUAUUGCGUCACAUUUUAUUUCUGGCUGCUAACGACUACUCUUCCAACUUUGAAGUUGUAGAAAAGGUUCAAAAUUCUCUUAUUUCCAUACUAAAAGUCAUGUCAGAAAAAUACAAUGAAGCAUUAUCCGAAGUUUGCAGAGAAAUAAUCACCGAAAUUCAAGGUAGAUUUAAAACUCGUCAGUAUUAUGGACUGUCUCCAUCUGAUCUUGUUUUCUUUUCUCUAGUAGGGUUCCUAUUUUCAACGUCUGACCACUAUCAUCUGGUUGUUACACCUUGUAAUAUUUUACUUGGAGAACUAUUAGAACAGAUCAAACUUAAUAGUUACGAAAAGAUUAUCUUUGGAGCAAUUAUUGCAAAUAUUGCCAUGACUUAUCAGAGGUUUGCUAAGAGAUAUAUUCCAGAAUUGACUUAUUUUUUGUUGAAGUCUUUGAGCAGUUUGUAUCCAAACAUUAAAGUUGAUUCAACUGAAUGGUUAAACUUUAAGUUGGAUAGCUACGAAUUAGGCUUGUCAAAUGAUGGGAACUUACAGGAUUUAAAGCCUACUUUAAGUUUAAGGUAUCUUUUUAUUACUGAAUAUGAUAAAUCCACUUUGUCAUCUCUUUUGCUGAAUAUAUUAUCGACUCUUGAUAGAUCCAUAAGUCUGUUGUGGAAAGAAUUACCUGCUUUUCCUGAAAUAAUCCUUCGGUUCAAAACACUUCUCAUUCAUUAUUUAGAAGUAUAUCCAAAUACCAAGUUAUUGCAACAGUUAUUAGACAAAAUUGAAAGAUUGCUCAAAUUGCAGGAACACCAUCCCCUCGUCCUGCAAGAUCAUAAACCAGCUUCCAUUCCAAGUUAUACUCCUAAGUUCGAAGAAAACUUUAACCCAGAGAGAAAGUCUUAUGAUCCUGAUAGAUCAAGAAAUGAAAUUAACAAAAUGAAGGCACAAUUAAAGAAGGAGCGGAAGUUUACUAUGAAGGAGAUUCGCAAAGAUACUAGAUUUGAAGCACGACAAAGAAUUGAUGAACAAAGAAAGGGUGCUGAAGAAUAUAAAGCAAAGAUGGCUCGCAUUGUUAACACAAUCAAUACAGAGGAGGGAGCGGAAAAGAAUAAGUAUGAACGGGAAAAAAAACUACGUAGUGGUAAACGCUGA